GGGAGAGCACAGAUGCUUUGCUUUCAAAGCUCAGCAGCACAGCAGAGUCUUCUGAACACCUCAUACCCUGAAAUCACCGCUGGAUCCACCUGACUGCAGAGGACUGCAUUAAACAGAUCAGAAGUCGCUCCUCUGGAAUGAGCUCUUGCUGACACCUUCCUCCCGGACUCUCUCACUGUUCACAAGUAAGGGAGAGGUUGUUGCAGUAAUCAUGACAGCAUUGCCGUUCCGGGUCGGACCGCUGUCCUACGCUGGAUUCGUCAUCUUCUGCCUCUUCUCUCUGCCUCUCGUCUCAUCACAGACGCCAUUACUCCCAGUGACCUCUGACCCUGAGUCUGCGCCCUCUCAGCCUGGAGAGUGCCUGAGAAAAAUGCACCCUGUUACCUCCUACACAGCUUUGAGCCCAUGGCUGUCCUCUUUCUCUCUUCCUGGAGUGACUGACUACUCACCGCUCACACUCGACCUCACCAGGAACCAGCUGAUAGUGGGAGCCAGGAAUCAUCUCUUCCGUUUGAGUUUGAGCAACAUCUCUCUCCUGCAGGCCACAGAAUGGGGAGUGGACGAGAGCACCAGGAGGUCCUGCCAGAGCAAAGGAAAGACCGAGGAUGUGUGUCAGAACUACGUCCGUGUCCUCCUGUUGAACGGCAGUCGUCUGUUCACCUGCGGCACUAAUGCUUUCAUGCCCAUGUGUACGACUCGCCCUGUUACGGACAUCUCCAGCGUCCUGGAGUCCGUCAGCGGUGUGGCCCGCUGUCCCUACGACCCUCGACACAACUCUACAGCCAUGAUAACUGAGAGUGGAGAAGUCUACGCUGCUACAGUGACCGAUUUCUCCAGCCGUGACCCCAUUAUUUACCGCAGUCUGGGGAACAUGCCGCCCCUGCGGACCGCACAGUACAACUCCAAAUGGCUCAAUGAACCUCACUUUGUCUCUGCAUACGAGGCGGGCCGCUUCACAUACCUCUUUCUGAGAGAGAACGCUCUAGAACAGGACUGUGGGAAGAUGGUCUUCUCUCGUGUGGCGCGCGUGUGUCAGAAUGACAUUGGUGGUCGUUUCCUGCUGGAAGACACAUGGACCACCUUCAUGAAGGCUCGACUCAACUGUUCCCGCUCUGGAGAUGUUCCCUUCUACUACCACGAGCUGCAGAGCACCUUCUUCCUCCCUGAGCAAGAUCUCAUCUACGGAGUCUUCACCACCAACAUGAACAGCAUUGCUGCAUCAGCGGUGUGUGCGUUUAACCUCAGUGCCAUCACACAGGCCUUUAACGGACCCUUUCGCUAUCAGGAGAACCCUCGGACCAGCUGGCUUUCCACUCCCAACCCCAUCCCAAAUUUUCAGUGCGGGACAGUGAAUGAUUCGGGUCCGAGCGCUAAUCUAACAGAACGCAGUCUUCAAGACGCCCAGCGGCUGUUCCUCAUGAGCGAGGUGGUUCAGCCUAUCUCCACGGAUCCUCUGGUCACGCAAGACAACAUCCGUUUCUCCAGACUGGCUGUGGACAUUGUUCAGGGAAGAGACAGGCUCUACCACGUCAUGUACAUCGGCACAGAGUACGGCACCAUCAUCAAAGCCUUAUCCACAACUAAUAAGAGUUUGCAUGGAUGUUACUUGGAGGAGAUUAACAUUCUCCCAGAAAACAUGCAGGAGCCAAUCCUGAACCUGCAGAUUCUGCACAGCGAUAGGUCGCUUUUCGUGGGACUUCCCAGCAGAGUGCUGAAGAUCCCUCUGGAGAGAUGCUCCAACUACGAAACCGAACAGGACUGUCUGGGUGCCAGGGAUCCGUACUGCGGCUGGGACCAGACACAGAAGCGCUGUACGACGAUUGAGGACAGCUCCAACAUGAGCCAAUGGAGCCAAGACAUCACACAGUGCCCUGAGCGUAACCUCACCCAGGAUGGUGGAUUUGGCCAGUGGUCACCAUGGCAGGCUUGUAAUCAUGAUGACGGAGGUGAAGGCAGCAGCACGUGUCAGUGUCGCUCUCGGGCCUGUGAUAACCCUCGACCCCAGUGUGGAGGGAUGGAGUGUGUCGGGGCGAACAUGGAGGUGGCCAACUGCUCCAGGAACGGAGGCUGGACUCCCUGGUCGUCCUGGGCCGAGUGCAGCACCAGCUGUGGCAUUGGAUUUGAGGUCCGUCAGCGGUCCUGUAACAACCCGGCACCCCGACACGGAGGACGUGUAUGUGUGGGACAGGCACGGGAGGAGAGAUUGUGUAACGAAAAUAAUCCAUGUCCUGUUCCGGUGUCCUGGGUCUCCUGGAGCGCUUGGUCCAAAUGUAGUGUUGUGUGUGGUGGUGGAGUCCAAUCCCGUGUUCGAACCUGUGAGAAUGGAAACACAUGUCCUGGUUGCCCUCUGGAGUAUAAGGCGUGUAACUUGGACUCGUGUGCUGAAGUGAGGCGGACCACACCAUGGACACCCUGGUACCCUGUUAAUGUGACUCAGAUGGGGGCGAGACAGGAGCAGAGGGUCAGGUACACCUGCAGGGCUCUCCUCGCUGACCCUCACGACCUUCAGCUCGGCAAACGCAAGAUAGAGACUCGCCUCUGUCCCACCAGUGACGGAGCUGCUGCCUGCGAGACUGACGGUCUAGUUGAGGAUUUGUUGAGAAUGGGUCGACCUGUGACACGAGUGCAAGGAGCCGCCUGGUCGUCUUGGGAAACGUGGUCCUCAUGUUCCGAAGAGUGUUCCAAAGGCUUCCGCACACGCAAGCGUUCCUGCGCCACACCGGAUGGGAAGAGCACGCCGUUCGCCUGCAGCGGAGCGCCGGUCGAGUAUCAGGACUGCAACACUCAGCCGUGCCCAGUGAAGGGGGCGUGGUCAUGCUGGUCUUCCUGGUCUCAGUGUUCUACUUCCUGUGGCGGCGGUCACUACCAGCGCUCCCGUACCUGCUCUAACCGUUCCCCUGCUCAUUCUGGAGACAUCUGCAUCGGUCUGCACACAGAGGAAGCGCUCUGUAACACACACGAGUGCGAGGGUGGGUGGGGGGCGUGGUCAGAGUGGGCGGAGUGUAAUGAGGAGGGGCUGAAGCUCAGGACUCGUACAUGUGAAAUAAGCUCCGCCUCUUGCCAAGGAAACUCCACAGAUCAGAGACCGUGUCGACCCAAUGACAGCGCAGUGCUGUCAAAGGGACAGAAGAGGAGCACAAACUGUGAAGGGUUUUCUCUGUUUCAUUUGGUGCUGACUGGAGCAUGCUGUUUUCUGGGAGCCGUUUUGUUGUCCGUCCUGGUGUAUGUUUACUGUCAGAGACUCCGCAAACCCCCUCAAGAGUCCGCAGUUAUCCAUCCCAGCACCCCCAACCACCUACACUAUAAAGAGAACAGCUGUGCGCCCAAGAACGACUUAUACACACCCAUGGAGUUCAAGACUCUGAAUAAGAAUAACCUGCUUCCACCAGACGAAAGCUGCAACUUCUUCCCAUCAGCGUUACCGCAGACCAACGUCUACGCCACCACAUAUUACCCGUCUCCUCUGGGCAAAUACGACUUCCCUUCCAUGGAUUCACCCUGCAGCUACGUGCACAGCUGAUGCACAGACACACAUCUCAUGCUUUCUUAGGGCUGUGUGACCACGGUUACGCACCUUGAUGCCUCCAUGCAGACGCAUUGGAAAAUGCAUGGAUCCACAGGAAGGCUGAGCGCAUUAUCUGCAUCUCAAAAGAUGCAGAAAGAUGCAAAGGAGUGAGGUUUGGAUUAGACGGGCCCAUGUAGUUUUCUUGUAGCAUUUCCUUUCCUAAAUGUCAUCUCGAACUGGAAGUUCAGCUGAUCACAUGCUUCGUAAUAACUACAGACUGACCCUCACAAAGCAUGCACUCUUCUUACAAUGCAAAGAAACAAGAAGAAUUCUGCGAUCAAGCUCCAAACUGAAUUGUGACGUACUACUUUAUGUGCUGGCGUCUUUGUGUUGUUUUUCACAAUCGAAAAACUGCAACGCAGAUCUCGCUUUGAGUGGAUAAAGCAUGAAAGUUUCCAGACGUCUCACAGUAAGCCUGGACAUCUGUUUCUCUUAUUUGAUCCAGAUCUCCAAGAACUCCAAAGAUGUGAGACACAUGUAAUCUGGAUCAACGGUAGAUUAACAUCAGUGAUGUAUGGAUGAACUCAUAAAAAAGACCGUUAUCUUCAGUGUCCAAUAAAAGACCUGAGCUCAUGGAUAUAUGGCCAUCCACACAGUUACACAAAUGGCUGUGGAUUUGUCUGUCAGACACUUUUAAAGGGAAAGUUCACCAAAUAUGAUCGUUCUGUCAUCAUUUACUCACCCUUAUGUCAUUACAUACACUUUUUUUUUUUCCAAAGGCAAAACACAGUAUGUGAAUAGGGGUCAGAUGAGGCUUUUUUAAAGAUCAUUAUAUUGUGUAUUUGGUGUAACAGAAAAUCUUGACAUGCUUUAAUGUUAAAUGUAUUUUCCAAAUACUGUACAUUAUUGUAGGUCCUCUAUGCCCCGCCUCUCUCAAACACGUAGUUUUCUACAAAGUCCCUCCUUCUGACAAGCGCAGUCUGCUCUGAUUGGCCAACUGACCUGACCCAGUGCGUUGUGAUUGGCCGAACACACAAGCACUCGUCGGAAAUAUAACACCCCUUUCCUUAACCGUGAGCUUAAUCUUUCAAAAUAAAUGUAAAGACAGUUAAUAAAGUCCUUAGUUUUACCAUCAGUUCAAGCCUGAAAGAGGAAGAGAGUCUCGUGACAGACACAGUGAUGAAGCUCGUAUGUGUUUGCAGUACACAAGACACGGACGGUUGAGACAGCUGACUCCACUGUGUGACCCCAUCUCUCUCUCUCUCUCUCUCUCUCUCUCUCACACACACACACACACACACACACACACACACACACACACACCGGACACACAAACACAACUCGCAAAAAUUCCCAUUUGAACAAACAAUAGCAAAUAUUUAAACUAAAAACAAAACAUACUUAAGCUGAUUCAGAAGCACCAGAUUGUCGUAGCAAAGUCAGAAUGACCUCCUCUCCUAGGUUCAUGAAACGGUUGUUCAUAAAAUGUGUUCUGUUCUGUUGUAAGUAAUCUUAAAGAUUCCUAAAUGUAUCUACAUUCGGAAGACCAAAUAAAGUGCUUUUGUCUAGAUACACACAGCAUCUCCCUGACAUGACUGCUUCAACAUCUGGGCAGCAUUACGCUAAUAUUUCCACAUAGUCACGUAGACAUGGGGUCGUGGACGUGAACUUUGAUAAAGAAUAUCUCUUUGGAUUUGAGACUUUAGUCUUUGCAACUUUACAGAUCUUCUUUACGCACCAAGAGCUUGUAACACUCCAAAGAGAAAGGAAAACUUGAAAUCACUGUUCUAAUAGGUUCUAAUAAAUAUCACCAUAUUUCCCCAGUUGAUUAAUACAGUACAUUAAGAUUUUAACAUUAAGAUUUUAAUCUUAAUGUAUUACAAGAUGAAAUGUUGUUUAAAUAUGCAAACGGGGCAUUGUCUAAUUAAAUAUGCACUCAUUUGCACACACAUCUGAACACUGGAUUAUGUUGUUGACCUAUUAAAGAUUUUGGAGAUUUUUAUUAAAAAAAAUAACCAUUUUUUGGAAUAAAAUUGUGCACAUGAAUGAUGUAUGAAUAGACCAAACCAAAUGUGUAAAAACCUUCAGGAUACAGAUGGAGAUAAAACUAAAGUUUAAUCUAAGUUGAGAGAUCAGUCUUUAAAGAUGUGUAUUGCAAUUGAAAUAUACAGACAUAAGUUAAUCAAAUGUAAUAAAAAUAAACAAUUAAAUCUUUAUUUUGGAUGUUUUCUUUCCAUUAGUCUGAAAUAAGACAAGUUAUGGGAACAGAAUAGCCCAUUAUUAUAUUACCAGUGCGUGAAAAAAAAAAGUUUUGUGAGGAACCGGAUGAAAGUUACUUGUUUAAAGCUUCAUUCAAAAAUUCAUUCAAAGUUGUUGCAGUGAGAUUGUGUAAAAGAGUGUUUUGCACAUAAUGUUAAACUCUUUUUCACAAGUAAUGAAAUCUGAAGAUGAGUAAAUAAUGACAAAUAUAAACAUUUUAAGCAUUAAUCAAAUGAAUAGUGAAUAGUGACUGAAACAGCAGUAUGAAAUAACUCCACUGCGAGUUUAAUUGAAUCUAAAGGGAUGUACAUUUUUAAGUUUGUGUGUAUAUUUGUAGCUGGCAUUAUAUAUUUAUACACAAAUUCAGAUUUUUUUGUUCUUGAUUGAAUCAGGUAUUUUUUUUCCACUAUAACUCCACAGUGAACACAUGACACUGACAGAAGCAAGUUGUCUUCAGAACCCUAAGAGUGCUCAGAUUUACACUUCUUUCUUACGUAUGACUAUUUUGUUUUUGUUUGUUUUUUUCUGUCUGGCAUCAUGUGUACAGUACAUGUUUAAUGACAAUAUGUUUAAUGAAAUAUUUAAUGUUAAUUCUUUCCAAUGAUCCCAAUGCAAGACGCAGACGGUCUGGUUGGGUGUUGAAUAUGGCACUGGACGCUGGAGCUGGACGCUUGCUGAUGACGCUUCUGUACGCUGAUGUUGCAUGGAUGCUGCAUUAUCUGAAUGCAGACGGUCUUCUAUGCAAUAAAUGAUUUCCCAACACAUGAUCACUGCCUUUAUACACUGUGAACUUUUUGCUAUGUUUUUAUAUGUUGUACAUUGUUCAAAUAAAUAAAUAAAUAUCCAGCUGGGUGUCAAAACACCACAAUUUA